AUGGACUACCCACUCCCAAAGGGAAUGCACCUCAUCCCCCGAGAAGACCUCGACCUCCGCCCCGACACCGAAAUCGACGCCGAUCUCCAAACCCCACCACCGGUAACAUCUGUCAAGAACAUCUGGUUCUUCUGGCACGCAGGCUACGCCUACAUGCACCCGUACGCAAAGCGCACAGUCCGCGCGUACCAUCGGCGCCUGACCAAAAGGGGCUGGACGAUCCGAGUGAUAGACACGUCUCCAGACUCCAAAUCAAACAUCGCGAAUUUCCUCGACGUCACGGAUCCAACGCUCUUUCCUAAGGCGUUUCGCGAGGGCACGAUCUCAGGCACAUAUAAGCUCCAGCAUACAUCCGACCUCGUGCGCUGGCCGCUCCUCCUGAAAUAUGGCGGCGUGUAUGCGGACGUCGGGAUGAUGCAGAUCGGCGACCUGGAUCGACUCUGGAAUGCGACGAUUGGGGAUCUGGAGUCGCCCUGGGAGGUCCUUUCGUAUAGUCCCACCGGCGACACGAAAUACAGUCUGGCGAAUUACUUUCUCGGUUCGCUGCCCGGUAACCCGCUCUUUGCGCGGUGUCAUGCGCUUCUUAUGGCGCUUUGGGAUUCCGAUGGGGGUAAGACGAAUACGGAUGGGAUGCAUGCGAGUCCGUUGUUGAAGGGGGUGCCGCUUCUGGGUGGGGAGCAUACCAUCACCGAAGAGGACGGAACGUUUAUUGGGCCUGAGGAGGUUCGUCGCUUGCUUUCAGACUACAUUAUCCAGGGCCAGGCCAUUACGGCCGUGAUGGGGCUUGUUGAUGAGGAGGAUAACUGGGACGGACCGGCGUAUAGCGCGGGACAUGUCUACAAUAUCGAGUUCAUGUCCGGGUCGCAGUAUAUCAACGAGUUUACGAAUUGGGACGGGCAGUUGGCGUUUGACUUGAUGUCCCUUCGGCUGCCGAAGAAUGGCGAGAAAGAGAGUGCCGAGCAGAAGAGGGCCAGGGAGAUUGUGGAGGCGUGUCUUACCCGGAGCUUUGGAUUUAAGCUUGCGCAUGGUCUGAUUUUGAGGGUUAACAAGGUUACGCUUGGGUCACUUUGGAGAGAUAACCCCGGAGCAGAUGUGCUCGAGGGCACCUAUGGGGCUUGGCUCAGAUAUGGGAUGGUCUAUUGGCAGCAGAACCACAUCCCCAAGCGGGUUGAACUGCCUAUUCUGGCCCCGAUCAAGGUUGGGAGGUUACUACAGGCAUAG